CUCGGCACCAGGAGGUGGCAAGCAGCAAGAAGGGGAGAGUGUGUUGAGGGUUACUGGUCCCUGUCAUCUGGCUUUUAGCCACUGUAGCAGGACAAAGGGGACUCGGGAAGGCAGACAACUGCUCCAUGUGGCUCAACUCUGAUGUUACCUCCCUUAGGAGGGCAGGUGACUCCGUGUCACAGCCCACACCAGGGUCCCCUGGCUGUCUGUUGGAUGUAGACUGGCACCAGGCAGGCUGGUGGCCAGAGCCCUGGAUAGCACAGGCCGGUGCCAGCAAGCUGUGGGUUUCAGGUAUUUGUGAGUGAAGCACACAUUCUGUUCCAAUCUCCUGACCUGGGCACGGGGCAGUGCUGCUGCCUUCCAGGGUAAGCAGCCAGCCUUGCGCAGCGCAUGGGCAGCCUGCAUUUCAGGCCACAGCUGGAGGGUGCCAGUCUUAAAGCUGGUACAGGUGGGGAAGGCCCAUAGUCAUGUCCUGUCCCAGCCAAGGGCAAGUGCACACAGGGCCCCUGGGCAGAGGCUGUGGCCCUGCAGGUGGCCAUAGGGACUCUAUUUGGGGUUCUGGGGGGUGUGGCUCCCAGCUCCUGGGCACCACUGGGCAGAGACUAGAAGGUAGGUGGAGCCAGAGAUGCUGGCGUGACCUGCACCAGCUGGUUCUCCUAGUUCUCCACAGGCUGAAGGGCACGCCUGGCCUACCUGAUUCCGCAUCCCGAGCAGGAGCUGGUGUUUUUGUUCCAUGGACGCCUAGAACGUUCUCUGCUUGGCCAGACAAGUGGGGUUUUGCUGCUGCUUUUGCUAGAGCGCCCAGGCUGCUGCGUGCUCUCCUCCCAGCCUCGGCUUCUUUCUAGAAGGGUUCCAGUGGAUGAUCCUCUCAUGUGAUACAGUGACUCCCUGCCAACUGCAGGGCUCAGCAGUCUGAGUCUCCUGCUCUUGCCCUGAUGGAGCCAUGCUAGGUUCUGCUGCGUGUACAGCGUGUUGAUGGCCCAGGGCCUGUGCGCCCAUAGCUCCCUCCUGCCUGCCCCUUGUAGCAGGGAGGCCUGGGGGCACAGCCCAUGGCACGGGAGAGUGAUGUCAGCUGUGGGACACUGAAGGGUCCAGCCCCCAGAGUGGCCCUGAUGCCUGGAGGACAUGUGUGUCCAGGGCUCUUCGUGGAUUCCAGAUGGUGGCCUGGAGGAGCUGGUGGAAGAGCUCAACAGCGGGAAGGUGAUGUACGCCUUCUGCAGGGUGAAGGACCCCAACUCUGGCCUGCCCAAGUUUGUCCUCAUUAACUGGACAGGCGAGGGUGUGAAUGAUGUGCGGAAGGGAGCAUGCGCCAACCAUGUCAGCACCAUGGCCAACUUCCUCAAGGGUGCCCACGUGACCAUCAAUGCACGGGCUGAGGAGGAUGUGGAGCCCGAGUGCAUCAUGGAGAAGGUGGCCAAGGCCUCCGGGGCCAACUACAGCUUCCACAAGGAGAGCAGCCGCUUCCAGGACACAGGCCCGCAGGCCCCGGUGGGCUCUGUGUACCAGAAGACCAAUGCCAUGUCUGAGAUCAAGCGGGUUGGCAAAGACAGCUUCUGGGCUAAAGCUGAGAAAGAGGAGGAGAACCGGCGGCUGGAGGAGAAGCGCCGGGCUGAGGAGGAGCAGCGGAGGCUGGAGCAGGAGCGCAGGGAGCGGGAGCUGCAGGAGGCCGCCCGCCGUGAGCAGCGCUACCAGGAGCAGCAUAGCGGGGCAGGGCCCCAGAGCAGGACUUGUGAGCAACCACAGGAAGUAGCUUCGAGGAACAGAGAGGAACGGGAGUCAGCCUCACACCCACGGGAGAUUUUCAGGCAGAAGGAGCGGGCUAUGUCCACCACCUCUAUGUCCAGUGCACAGCCAGGCAAGCUCAGGAGCCCCUUCCUGCAGAAGCAGCUCACGCAGCCAGAGAUGUCGUUUGGCAGAGAGCCCGCUCCUACUGCCACAAGACCCACAGCAGAUGUCUGUGAGGAGCCGACGCCUAGCAGCCCUCCACAUAGGACACAGGAGGAAGAGGAAACCACAUAUGAGGAGCCCCCGGCGCAGGAGACCCUCUAUGAGGAGCCACCGCUGGUAGAACAGCAAGGCGCUGGCUCUCAGCAUGUUGACCACUACCUGCAGGGUCAGGGGCUCAGCGGGCAGGGGCUGUGUGCCCGGGCACUGUAUGACUACCAGGCAGCUGACGACACAGAGAUCUCCUUUGACCCUGAGAACCUCAUCACGGGCAUCGAGGUGAUCGAUGAAGGCUGGUGGCGUGGCUUCGGGCCUGAUGGCCACUUCGGCAUGUUCCCUGCCAACUAUGUGGAGCUCAUUGAGUGAGAGGAGGCCAGUCCCCACCCCUGCCCAGCUGAGGCUUCCUGGUGACAGGGAGAGGAGGCCUGAGAGCUAACGCUGGGCAUGGGCAGGACGGGACUGAGGAGGCCGAGGCCUCAGGACACCCGCUGCCUGGGCGCUCAGGCUGCGUCAUCCAGAAGCAGCAGUAACCAGUGAUCCACACACGCACCUACAGCCUCCAGGUCACCUGCCUGCCUGGCCCUGGGCCCAGAGGAGGCCAAGCCAAGCACAUCUGUGGCCACUCCCGGGGGACCCCUGCCCGGGGACAGUGACCACCAGUAACCAUCACUUGAGUGGGGGCACCUGGAGGCUGCCUUCCUACUUGCCUUUUAUCCUUUCUCUCUGGCCUUUAAGGCGUGGUGGCUACCUUUGUUAGGAUGACCCUUGGGAACAGUGGGCCCAGACAGUUGCCUUUAGUGGGGUGUGCAACCAAAGGCUGAGUGGACCGUGACUGCAUGAGCAGGGAGGCAGCCUCACCGGAGUCUGCCCUGCUGCGCUCCAUUUCUCUGUCCCUGUGCCGUGGGAAGUGGUAGUGGAAAGACCCGGCUCCCACCUUGGGUGUGUGAAAAAUCAAAAAGACACAG